AUGCGCGUCCCAGCGCUUCCGUCUCCAUCCGACGCGAUCGCCGACGCUCUGAGCGCCAACUGCGCCCUCGUCGCCGAGCUGCAAUCGCUCGAGCAGUCACUGGCCCAAGAAGAGUCGACGCUACUCGCCAGAACGCAAUGUAUUCGCCGGCAAGUGGCGCUGCGACGAGCGCAACGGGCCAUGGACACGUUAUUGGCCCGUGCGCCGUCGCACGAGACGCUUUCGCAGCGGUAUGCGAAGACGUUACGCAGUCGGAAGAAAUCCACUGGUGUCGUGCCUCGUUCAUACAUUCGUCAACACGUGUCGUUCUUUGCCGACGAAGUUGUGGAGGAACGAAAGGUGGGGCGACCACGGAAGAAGGGGAAGGAGCAAGACGAAGCGGACGACCAAGCGGUACGGGAGCUCCGCGAUGCACGAGACGCUGCGCACAAAGCGCUUCGACGGCUUUCCGAGCCGCCGUGCAAUGCAGAUACCGAGUUCCUACGUGCUCACAGCCACGAGUCGUUUGUAGCCGGUCCCCCAACGAUUUUCACGAGUCGAGAGCGUAAAGUCGUUGCGGACUUUGCCGAAGAUUUCUACAUGACACACGCUGCGAACGUGGAGAUACCACUGCAGGCGUGGAACAAACUUCGCGCGUGGCAAGAGACGCGCAAGUCGAGAAAGUUUCCGAUUGAACGCUCGGGCUUUGCGUGCAAGUUGUGGUAUGACUUGCACGAGUCGCCGACGUUACGGCUUGGCGCGUGGACGAAAGAGGAAGACGCAGCGCUUCGACGGUUGGCCACGGGACAAGAAGACCCGGAACUGGUGAAUAAGUGGCACGAGAUUGCAAAGCGCAUGCCCGUGCCGGGAAGACCAGCAGCUCACUGUUUAACUCGGUACCAGACAGCGCUGAACGCGGGAAACACGCGGUCGAUAUUCACCCCAGAAGAAGAUCAGAUCCUGCGUGAAGCUGUCCCGGUCUUUGGCGAAAAGUGGAACGUGAUUGCAGAUUUGCUGGAUGGCCGUGUGUCGGAGCAGAUCCGCCAUCGCUGGCAGCUCUCGCUUGCCCCCGGUCUUCGGCGAGGCAAGUUUUCGUUGAUCGAGGAUCGACGGCUGCUGCUCGCACUUCGUGCCUACGUGCCAAAAGGCAGUGAGUUCAAUCAGGAUCAAGUGCCGUGGAACGACAUUUGUCAUCAUGUGCCCGGGCGAACGCAGCCAGCACUUCGGGACCGAUACGUCAACUGCAUUAACCCGGACUUGUCGUCCCGCAAGUUUACCAAGCAGGAAGAUGAACUCAUUCUUGCACGAAUGCGCGAGUGGGGCAUCGAGUCGCCCAGGCUCUGGCCGCGGCUGGCUGCUGAGCUAAGUGGCCGCACGAAGUCUCAACUGUGUCGACGCUGGAGGCAGUUGGAUCCAGACGCUUAUGACAAACGUCGUCGCGCACUGAAAGAUGCAAGCAAAAGCCAGACAACAGCCGUCUUCCGUCGUCGGUCAAUACAUCGACAUGAUCCUCGCUUUAGGAAGAAACAUAUCAAGCGAAGUACGUACAAUGGUCUCACAGUGGAGCAAGUCGCAACCGAGUCGUUUCCACGAGGUCGUGCAGCUGUAGCGCUGCAUGGCUGCGAAGAGUUGGCGAUACGCGAGACCGAAGGCGAGGACGGGUCGAUCGAGUACGGUCUAUAA